GCUAAAUGUGUGCUGAAGUGAAGCAGAGUCAGAAAGAGAGAGAGACUCGCAGGGUGAAAUAAAAUGCUGGGUGUUGUGGAAACUCAUUCAGAAUAUUCAUGUAUUAAGGGACCAAAGGAAUAAUACACACAUUUGAAGACAAGAAAAAAAGAUCUCCUUGGGAAAGGAGGUCUGAAUACUUUUGCAAAGGUUUCUUGUUAUUAUUUUCCUAGGAUCAUGGGUACAUUUACACCUGUGCCAUCAAACUAUUCAAAUGGGUCUCAUUAUGAAUACACUGAACCACAGAUGGUCAUAUUGGGCAUCAUUAUGUCAGUUUUAGUGCUUGCCAUAGUGUUUGGCAACUUGCUUGUGAUCAGUGCGAUUGCAAAGUUCCAGAGACUUCAGACUGUCACAAACUGCUUCAUAACUUCUUUGGCUUGUGCGGACCUGGUGAUGGGACUCAUUGUGGUCCCAUUUGGGGCUUGCUCUAUCUUGCUGAAAGACUGGAAAUUUGGGAAAUUCUGGUGCAGGUUCUGGACUGCUACAGAUGUCCUCUGUGUGACUGCCAGCAUAGAGACUCUGUGUGUGAUUGCUCUGGAUCGAUAUCUAGCUAUCACAUCACCAUUCAGGUACCAGUCCUUAUUAACUAAAUGGAAAGCCAGGAUUGUGGUUCUUAUUGUUUGGGUGGUGGCAAGUUUAAUUUCCUUUUUGCCGAUACACAUGGAUUGGUGGAAAUCUAAGGAUCAGGUGGCAGAAGACUGUCUGAAAAAAGAAGACUGCUGUGAGUUUUUCACAAACACUGCCUAUGCCAUCACCUCCUCCAUCAUCUCCUUCUACAUACCUCUGGUGAUCAUGGUCUUCGUCUACUGCAGAGUUUUCCAAGUAGCCAAGAAGCAGCUGAAGAAAAUAGACAAGUGCGAGGGGAGGUUUCUCGGCAAGAUCAACAACGAAGAUGGCAAGAACAGCAAAUCGGGUCAGAGGAGGACGUCCAAAUUUUGCUUAAAAGACCACAAAGCAUUAAAAACAUUGGGAAUAAUCAUGGGGACGUUCACACUGUGCUGGCUGCCCUACUUUGUACUCAAUGUAGUUAAUGCCAGUGUAAAAUUGAACAAUAUUGAACUCAUGUUUAGGAUCUUAAACUGGAUAGGAUAUGCCAACUCUGCAUUCAACCCUCUUAUUUACUGUAGGAGUCCAGAAUUUAGGCACGCUUUCCAGGAGAUCCUGUGUUUGAGAAGAUCACCUUUAUACAAGAUGGGACAAAUCAAUGGAAAUGUUUACAUUGAACACAGCUGGCAAAAUAACCAGCAAGCAAAAGUUAGUACAUUUGAGUCUGAGGACUUGAUUACUAUAGAUAGAACAUUGCUGAACUCGAAAGGUACCAAUUUAAACAGCAGCACUGACACAAACGGGAAUUGCAACAGUGCUCUUACAACAGUCAUAUAGUGUAUAGAGAAUUCAUAACAUGUAGGUGACUUCAAAUGAUCUAUAUCAUAAAACUUAAAUGAUCUGGUAAGCAUUGUUCUUUUUUAUUUUGCCUAAAUGUGCUUCAUUUUUUGUUUGUUUUUGUUUUUAGAUUUUUUUCACAGUGCCAUCUUAAAAGUCAGCAGUUUAGUGUGUGUUCCAUUUAAGGGUCCACUCAAAAAUGCAUGUUCAUUCUGUAAAGUAGGUACUGCAAAUUCGCAUUUCACCUACCUCAUAGCUAGAAUAAAGCAGUGGAAUAACUUUAUCAUUUAAGUAUGACACGUCUUGAAAAUUGAUUCUGUUACAGACCAUUCCCCCGCCCCCUACCCCAGCAUUGAAUAGUAAUGCAGAACUAGGUUUCAGUACAAGAAGUAGACUGCCUUAAAUAUGUAAUUAGCAUUUAUGAUUGCUUCUUGGGAAACUGAAAA